AUGGCGUCCUGCCCGCACGUGGCAAAGGCCGACAUCCAUCCUCCCAAGCCAACAGACAACGUCUACCGCGAAGACUGCACCAUCUGCUUCGACAGCAGCGAGGAUCCAGCUGGCCUCGAUGUCUGCUUGCAUUGCUACAACGGCGGUUGUGCGGGCGACAGACACCACAGCAAGCUCCACGCCCAGCACUCCAACCACCCUCUCGCAGUAAACAUCAAGCGGACACGAAAGCGCAAACAGCGGGACGAGAACGAGCCGCCGGGCAAGAUCAGCAAGCUUGAGAUCAAAGCUGAGCUGGACGAGGACCGCUACGACACUGCAACAGACAUCAAGUGCCUCGAGUGCGGCGUUGAUGGCCUGGCAAACGACGGCAAAGUGGGCGAUGUGGUCAAGAGUGUUUUGAAGGCGAGCACCUUCGCACAGCAAGAGGAAGUCAAGGCGUGGGAGCUGGAACUACAGCCAUGCGAGCACACAUACCUACUCGACCAAGAGCCAGCACGCGAGAUACCAAGCGGUGACCUGGGCAAAUGCGUCCACUGCGAUCUGAAGGAGAACCUGUGGCUUUGCUUGACCUGUGGCAGUCUGGGUUGUGGUAGAAGACAGUAUGACGGGUCAGGAGGGAACAAUCACCAGGUUGAACACACCAAGAGUACUGGUCAUCCUGUGGCAGUCAAGCUCGGCUCGAUCACUGCUGAAGGCACUGCCGACAUUUGGUGCUACGCCUGCGACGACGAGAAGAAGGACCCAAAGCUGGUAGAUCACCUACUACACUGGGGCAUCAACAUUGGAGAUCGCGUCAAGACAGAGAAGAGUCAGAGGGAGUUGGAGCUGGAACAGAACCUCAAGCUGGACUUCUCCAUGACCGAUGCAGAAGGCCGACAGCUGAAGCCUCUUUUUGGUCCAGAACUGACAGGCUUGAAGAACCUUGGCAACACCUGCUACCUGGCAUCCGUCGUUCAGUCGCUUUUCUCGAUGCCGGAAUUCCAGGACCGCUACAACCGCCCGAAUGCAGCUAUACCGCCAAUAAGCAGACCAGCCGAAGACAUCGAGAUCCAGCUUCGGAAGAUUGCCGAUGGUCUCCUUUCGGGCAGAUAUAGCAAGCCGGACUCAGAUGUUGUACCACAAACCUCGGACGAAAAAGCGUACCAGAGGGGCCUGGCACCCGCCAUGCUGAAGCACUUGGUAGGCAAGGGUCAUGCAGAGUUCAGCACAAUGCGUCAGCAAGAUGCCUUCGAGCUCCUCCUUCACGUGCUAAAACUCGUGUCGCGGUCGCAGCAAAGCGCUGCUGGUCUGUACGAUGAGGUGUUUGACCCGGUCGAUUCAUUCCGUUUCUACAUGGAGCAGAAGUUGCAGUGCUUGUCCUGCAAGAAGGUUCGUUUCAGGCAAGAUGAGAUGGAGAACAUUUCGGUGGCUGUGCCGAUCAAGAGACUACCCAAGGAUCCCAACGCCAUGGAUACAAACGGCGACAAGGAUGAGAAGAAAGAAGAGUUCGAGCCAGUCACGCUCAAGCAGUGCCUGGACGACUUCACUGCUCCCGAAGUGGUCGAGCUCACCUGCUCGGGCUGUGGUAACAAGGGCUUCACCAAGCAGUCGCUAUUCAAGACAUUUCCUCAAACCCUCGCUGUCAACGCUCGUCGCUUCGAAAUAGUCAACUGGGUCCCCACCAAGCAGGAUGUGCCAGUCAUCGUUGGAGAUGAGGAGUUCGACAUGGAAGCAUAUCGCAGCAAGGGUAAGCAGCCAGGUGAAGAAGAGCUGUCCGAUGACCAAGAUGCCGGGGCUGGAGCUGCUGCAUCGAAUAAGUUCGUACCGAACGAGACUGCUCUUGAGAUGCUCUUGGGUAUGGGCUUCCCUCGCGUGCGAUGCGAGAAGGCGCUUAAUGCUACGGGCAACUCCGAUGCGGAGGUUGCCGCUGGGUGGUUGUUCGAGCACAUGGAUGACCCAGACAUCGAUACCCCGCUCGAAGCACCAGCUCCUGCAGCUGGUGGCCGCGCUGUUGACCCUGAGAAGAUCGAGGGUCUUGGCAACAUGGGCUUUUCCGCACCUCAAGCUCGGCAGGCACUGAAGGAGACCGAUGGCGACAUGGAACGCGCUGUUGACUGGUUGUUCAGUCACCCCGAAGCUGUGGGUGACUUUGGUGACGACGCUGCUCCUGACGGCGGCGCAGAAGCAGCUGCCGCGGUGGAGACGGUUGCUGAAGACACCAAGCCGGCCAAGUUUGCCCUAACCAGCAUUGUCUGCCAUAAAGGCAGUAGUAUUCACGCUGGUCACUACGUCGCUUUCAUAAAGAAGCAAGAAGGUUGGGUCCUUUUCAACGACGAAAAGGUGGCUCUUGGCGGUGAUGUGGAUGAAAUGAAGAAGUUCGCCUACAUCUACUUCUUCAGGCGCGCCGUGUAA